GCUCUGUGACGUAGGGGCCGUGGGGGCGAGGGCUCUGGGCGCGCCGGGACGCGCAGCCGCGGCGCGGGCCGAGCCCGGCAGGGGCCGUUGGUCUCCAUGGAGCGGAGGCUGGCGCAGUUCCGAGCUGCGCGCCGCGCCCCCCGGCCCACAGCGGCCCCGGCUCGCGAGCAGCCAGCCAGGCCGGAGGCCGCCCUCGGCCCGCGGGACCGGCCCGCCCAGGAAGAGGCGCGCGGGCCGGGACCCCCGCGGGACGCCCGGGCUCUCCUGACCCGCCCGGCCUUGCUGAAGUUCCUGCUCUGGCUGGCGCUGCUGGGGCUCGCCGCGGAGCUGCAGUUCGGGCUGCCCUGCUUCGUCCUGUCGCUGUUCUACUGGCUCUACGCCGGCACGCGCGGCCCCGGCGAGCGGCGGCCGGGGGAGAGAAGCGCCUACUCCGUCUUCAACCCGGGCUGCCAGCCCAUCCAGGGCACGCUCACCGCGGAGCAGCUGGAGCGAGAGCUGCGCUACGGAGCCGCGGCCGGGAGGUAGCGGCUGGCGCCGGGGCCCUGGGCUGCCGGAGCCGGGGCCGCCUUCCGCUGCCUUGCAGUAGCUAUG